CCCCUCUCCAUUCAGCAGCAACUCUUCUUCAAUUCAGAAGAAAGAGAGAGAGGGAACACACACGGCUCUGUGUGAAGUGUGUGAGAGAGUCUUAAAGAGAGAGAGAGAGAGAGUGAAUAGAGAGGACACACAUAGCUCUGUGUGAAGAGUGUUUUCUGAACGAGGGUUCGAGAUGGACGCGAAAGUGGAGCACACACAGAGUUCAGGGGCCAUUACAGAUGAAGAUGUGUCUACGAUCCAGGACACAUGGAAGCCUGUUUAUGAGAAGAAAGAAGAUGCUGGUGUCGCUGUACUCAUCAGGUUUUUCAUGAACAACCCAUCUGCUAAGCAGUACUUUACUCACUUCGGUGACAUGCAGGGUCCAGAUGAGAUGCGAGAGAACGCCCAGCUGAAGAAACACGCCCUAAGGAUCAUGAACGCCCUCAACAUGCUCGUGACGAACCUCCGUGAUGUAGACAAAGUCAAUAACAUCUUCACUCAGAUGGGAAAAACACACGCGCUCAAGCACAAGGUGGACCCGGUUUAUUUUGAAAAAAUAGCUGCUGUCAUUUUGGAGGUUCUGGUUGAAGCUUUCCCACAAUUCUUCAGUGCAGCGGCUGUGCAGGGGGUGUGGUCUAAACUCAUGGGUAUCCUGUGCACAGAGCUAAAUAAAGUCUACACUGAAGUCGGCUGGGAAUCCAUCAAAAACUCUGCUUAGAGCUGAAAGAGAGACUCUCCAGAAGUUACACUGGAUAUAAUUACAGAACAUAGUGACAGAUGGACGGGCGGUCCGCUUUCUGUCGAGGCCCCGCCCAGGAAAUGAUCUCAUCCUGUGUAUAUGCAUAAUUAUGUGAUGUACACCAAAGAUUAGCACAGAUACAGUAUCUCAUGUACUUCGAGUCAUUUGUAUGCUUGAUAAUAAAUAAGACAAUAAGAGUGAUGAUGGGGAUGAGAGAUGAAUCUUACAUGACGGCCAGGAUUGUGUCAUGGGAAAUAUCUGUUUAUAAUCAAAACUAACAACCAGAUCAGUACAUCUCCCACAUACAUCAUUAAAUAUUUACACAUUCUCCAGAUGAACCAACAGCAGGUUCACAAACACUAUCAGAUAUGUGUGUGUGUGCAUAUUUAAUACUCGGUAACAUGUAAAAUAAAUACUGAGUUCAGCCAAAGCAAAGGAUUUUGCAAUGAUUGGGUAUAAUUCCUAAAAAACAAACACUAAGACUGUUCUGUUGUGCACAAGCUAAACUGAUUUCUUUUUUGUUCUCAAAUGAUUUUGUUAUGUUAAAAUAACUGAUUGUAAAAUACAUUGAAAUAAAGCCAUUUAAUGUAAAAUCA